CUCGGUUCAUCUCUCCCUCGGUUAACUCGAGCGCUGCCGUUUGCUGGCAGUUUUACGCGAGGAACUCCCGAGCUACUUCGGCAACCCGUUAUAACGGUCGACAUGGCGACCAAGGAAAUUAUCAAGCGUUUUCUUAAGGAAAGAUGAAGAUAGUCGAUACUCAGUGAGUAUGAACGGGUUUCAGGUUUCACACCAUGUGAUGAUCACCCGGGACGUGUGAACUUAUUUAAGAACUCCUGUGUUCAGAAGAUUUUUUGAUUCCAGUGGAAUCUUUCAUUCCCCCCUCCAUCUAUUAUUUCCUUUUUUGUUAAAUGAAACAACACCCAGUCACACACACACCCAGGAGAAUCCCCCCCACCCUUGUUUACAUGUAGAACAACCCCGCUACGAUGCCUGUACAAGCUCCACAAUGGACAGAGUUUUUGCUGUGUCCGAUAUGCACCCAGACGUUCGAGGAGACGGUGCGUCGGCCCAUCAGUCUGGGCUGUGGCCACACCGUUUGCAAGAUGUGCCUCAACAAGCUGCACCGCAAGGCCUGCCCCUUUGACCAGACGGCCAUCAAUACUGACAUUGAACAGCUGCCCGUCAACUCGGCCUUGCUACAGCUGGUCGGGGGUCAGGUUCCGAAACAGCAACCGGUGGCGCUCAUUACGUGUCCAGAGGACACAAAGCAUUAUGAUGAGGCACGGCAGUGUGUUGAGGAGCUGGCCCUCUACCUCAAACCCCUCAGCAGCGCACGAGGAGUGGGGUUGAGUAAUGCUGCUCAGAGCAUGCUGAGCCGGCCUAUGCAGAGGAAGCUGGUGACUCUGGUGCACUGUCAACUGGUGGAGGAAGAAGGACGGGUCAGGGCCAUGCGGGCAGCUCGAUCUCUGGGUGAAAGAACUGUUACAGAGCUCAUUCUGCAGCACCAAAACCCCCAGCAGCUCUCAUCCAACCUGUGGGCUGCUGUGAGAGCCAGAGGCUGCCAGUUUCUGGGUCCUGCCAUGCAGGAGGAGGCACUGAAGCUGGUGUUGUUGGCCUUGGAAGAUGGAUCUGCUCUUUCCAGAAAGGUUCUGGUUCUUUUUGUGGUACAGAGACUGGAACCGAGAUUUCCUCAGGCCUCCAAAACCAGUAUUGGACAUGUAGUUCAGCUCCUCUACCGUGCCUCUUGCUUUAAGGUGACUAAGCGAGAUGAGGAUUCAUCGCUAAUGCAGUUAAAAGAGGAGUUCCGCACAUAUGAGGCACUUCGGCGGGAACACGACUCUCAGAUUGUUCAAAUUGCAAUGGAGGGAGGGCUUCGCAUUGCCCCCGAUCAGUGGUCGUCUCUGCUUUAUGGAGACCAGUCUCAUAAAUCCCACAUGCAGUCCAUCAUUGACAAGUUGCAGACCCCAGCAUCGUUUGCUCAGAGCGUGCAGGAGCUGACCAUCGCUCUGCAGAGGACAGGUGAUCCAGCCAAUCUCAACCGGCUAAGACCUCAUCUGGAGUUGCUCGCUAACAUCGACCCCAGUCCAGAUGCUCCUCCUCCAACCUGGGAGCAGCUUGAGAAGGGUCUUGUGGCGGUAAAGACGGUGGUGCAUGGCCUUGUGGACUUCAUCCAGAACCACAGCAAGAAGGGUGCAGACACUCAACAGCCCCCACAGCACAGCAAAUACAAGACAUACAUGUGCAGAGACAUGAAGCAGAAAGGAGGCUGUCCCAGAGGAGCUAGCUGCACUUUCGCUCACUCUCAGGAGGAGCUGGAAAAGUAUCGUAAAAUGAACAAACGUCUUGCUGCGCGAGUGCCCUGCACCCCUGGCCUGCUGCCUGAGGACGUGAUCCCACUGGAGCCAACCCGGAAGGGCUCUGGCAUUACCAAUGGUCUUCCCCAGCUCAUCCCCAGAGGCACAGACUCUUCCACGUAUGACCUCUUACUUAAACCCAAAAUGGAUGGCCCUAGUCUGAGUGCUCCUGGGUCACCACCAGACUCUUUGGAUAAACCUGGCUUGUCUCUGACACCCCACCCUGUGCCUCAUCCCAGAACGGAGCACUUAACCAUGCCCAAGCAGGGGGCAGUCGUGCCCAGAGGUACACCGCAGAUGUAUCCACAGCAGCAGCCUGAGCUCUUCUAUCCAGAGCCCGCCAGACCUCCUCCCUCAGGAUCUCAGUAUGAUGCUCAGUACCCAGCAGGUAAUCCUUACGCGUACCAACCUCCACAAUACGUUUCUCACCGCUACAUCCGUAAUCCGCCUCCCCCGGGUGAGUCGGCAGUACCACCUUACCCGGAGCCCUACCCAGGUUACGGCCCAGAAAGCCAAUAUCAGAGCCACCACUCCAGUCCCUCUUUCUCAACACACACCUAUGCACCGCCCUCCCAUUACAGUCGCAGACACUAUCCCGCACCCCCACCCCCAUUUGCCCCUCCCAGAGAUGACUUGGUCAGGAUGAGCCCAGUUCCUUUGGAUCUUCCCCCGGCUGCUAUGCCUCCUCCAGCAGGGGCCGCAGGUUCCCUGUACCACACUCAAGAGACAUCAUCCAGAGACCGAUACGCACCGGACGGGUACUAUCCUGCUGGACCACACCACAGCCAAAUGAGGUCUCACAUAAGAGACCCGUAUCGCUCUCAGCCCAGUCUGGAUGACUUGCAUCGCAGGCGUAAGGAGCUGCUCAUCCAGCUAGAGGAGAGGAAAGUCAUCUCUCCUCCACCCUUCGCUGCCUCCCCAACUCUCCCCACACACCCGUUCCCCCACGACUACCCUCAGGAGUAUUUGGAGGAUGGCUCUAAGGCCUUUGGAAGUCGGGAGCCAGACUACGCUGGGCAGUAUUCCCCCUGGUCAUGUGACACCAUAGGAUCAUACAUCGGCUCCAAGGACGCUAAACCAAAAGAUGUCAGUAGUGCUGUGGAGAUGAUGACUGCAGAGGGAAAAGUUUUGCGUGAGCCUGCGCUGGACACACAGCGGCGCUCUGCAGAAGCCAAAGACGACGAUCCCAUCAUUCCCUUUGGCCCUCUGCCCACUGUGUCUCCAUUUGGUGCCAUUUCGCGUACCUCUAAAACGGGUUACCAGACCACUGGGCCUGUGCAGGCCAUAGCAUCCUCACAGGCCUCAGGGCCCAAACACAUGACGAUGACAGCAGACUAUCCAUAUGGAAACCACAGCGGAUGGGGUGGAGCGUCGUACCCCCAGCACCAGAGCAUCAACUCUCAGGGACACUUCAGCGAGCGUUUGCCUGUGUCUGGCCCGGACCGUGAGCAGCUCAAAAUUGAGCUCCAGCAAGUUAACCAACAGAUCAGUCAGCAGACCCGCGGCAUGGAGGCUGCCAGUAACUCCAUGCUCCUGCAGAGGGAGGCGUGUGCGCUGGCGGCUCAGCCCUCCGCUGGGGUCAAGUGGUCUUCAGGAGCCACAGUAUCUAGUGAGCAGCUCAGCCGAGAGCUCGAUCACGUAGAGCGAGAGAUCAGAACUCGGGAGAUCGCCAUGGAGAACCAGGUGGCUCACGAAUACAAGCUGAAGGCCAUUGAGAACGGGCAGCCUGACCAUAAAGCCCAACUGGAGGAACUCUCCUUAGCACUGGGUGAGGUGUCUAACGGAUCCAGUGGCAUGAAGCCAGCCAGUAGUAUGGGCGGAUCUAUGCUCUCACUGACCAAUAAGACGUCUUCUCUCAGCCUUUGUUCUGCUGACCAAGCAGCGAGUAGCGCAGACCUUCAAAAGAAUGGUGUUGUUCACUCUUGCUCUUAAGAGUGUAUGUAUACACACACACACACGCGCGCACACACAGACAGACAACCUCUCCAGAGGUCAAUACUCCUCCUCGGAGGGCUUUGAAAUCCAUCUCUUGACCAAUUGGAGCCUUUCAAGAGAUUUUUUUUAAUAUUCAGAUGAAGUUGAUAUGAGGGACACACACACUUACACACACACACACCUGCAUGCUGCUUCGUGCAUGCACCGACACGAACUUCUCUGUUGUUUUAUUUAGAAAAAUGAGCAGUAUCUGCCGUGAUAUACAUUUUCUUUCUUUUUGUUCUGUGAAUGAGCUUUUCGUUUUAAUGACUUCUGAUUGCCUGGAAACCAGGGCAUCUGAAUAAUGCUUACUUUGUUGUUUUCUCCCCCCCGAGUAUUUCAAGAAAGAACAGUCAACCCAAAGCUAGCACAGAACGACCCGAACCAGUUGAAUCUAGUGUGGUCAAAAGUAUCGAGUUUAAAAUCAUCAAUUGCCCGCAAACAUUUGAGGGCAUUCUUAAACACUACUGAUUGGUCAUUGUGUUCACGUGCUCAGCAGAAAUGACUGUGAUUGGCUGUGAAGGUCAUCAGUUCAUCGCUAUUCACCGAGUCGAAACUGGACCAACACUGGAGCGUCGAUCCAUUAGCAGAUCGCUCGUAUGUCAGCUCAUGGACAGAUCAGCUGAUAGACGCGACUUUGAAACAUUCCAGUGUCUGUGUAUCUGCAUCUGCACCUUUUACAGCCAAUCACAAUCAUUUUCUGAGCACGUAAACACACUGGCCAAUUAGCAGUGUUUAAGAACACGGCAAAAUGUUUGUGGAAAAUGGACGUUUUUAAAAUUUCAGUAUCGAAUUCAAUACUUUUUGAAUCUAGUGAAACGAAUUGAGUUUGGUACUGAAAUUUUAAAAACAUUAAUUUCGCGCAAUCAUUUGAGCACAUUUCUAAACACAGCUAAUUGGACACUGACAUUUUAAAAACAUCCAUUUCCAGCAGAAUUUAAUUGGUCAUUGUGUUCACGUGCUCAACAGAAAUUACUAUGAUUGGCUGUGAAGGUCAUCGGUUAACCAGUCUUCAUCACUGUUUACUCAUAUGCACAUAUACUGACACUGGAGCGUUUUAAAGUUGGGUCGAUCAGUCGAUCCAUCAGCGGAUUGCUCAUAUGUCAGCUCAUAUGUUGUUACCCAUAUACACAGAUUCUGACACUGGAGCGUUUUAAAGUCACAUCAAUCAGUCGAUCCAUCAGUGGAUUGCUCAUAUGUCAGCUCAUAGACAGAUCAGCUGAUAGACGCGACUUUGAAAUCUCCAGUGUUCUUGUAUCUGUGUUUGCACUAUGUGAACUGAUGAUCUUCAUUUCCAAUCACAGUCAUUUCUGUUGAACACGUGAGCACAAUGACCAAUCAACAAUGUUUAAGAACACACUCAAAUAUUUGCAGGAAAUGAACUCUUUAAAAAUGUCAGUACUGAAUUCGAUACUUUCGACAACACUAGGGCAAUCAAAACCAGAAUUGAGCGCAGUCAUUUUUUAGUGGCGGCGGUGCUGUCCAAACGUUUGACUCCCUGGAUCUCUGCAGCCUUGAAUAUGAUCUGACUCACCAGGUUUAAAGUAGCACGGAGAACCUUUUAUGAAUCCAUUUUUAUGGACCGUUAACGCGGCUCUCCCCACACGACGCUCGACCGUGGCAGUGUGUUGCUGUAAGGUUAUUUCGAUUGGGCUCUGGAAGACACAAGGGGGAAAAGUCAUGCCUACCUCUCUCUCUCUUGAUAUAUAUAAAUACAAAUACAUAUAAUCAGCUGCGAGGUUUUCUUUAAUUUAUGGUUUGGCUGUAUAACUGUUAAGGAAUUUGUAAAUGUUUGGUCACACGUGUCUGAAGCGUUCUGUUUUAUAGAAUGCUAACAGACGUCUUUAAAUAAAUGAAGAGCACUUUUUUCCAUGUUUUCCAUGAGUGUGUGCUUUUUUUUUAGUAGAGGAGUAGCGACACUUGACUUCCCUUGUGUUCUCCAGAGCUCAGUGGUUGUUUGAGAGGAUUUUCUGCCUCUCAGAGCCACAGUCGAGUUUUUUUUUUUUGUAGGAUUACAGCUUAUUAGGAAAAUAUUUCAUCAUUUUUCCCUAACUUCUGUGAAGUUGCAUAUUUGGCUCUCCUGGUUGAGUUUGCAUAUUCGGGUCUUGCCACUAAAUCGCUGCAUGGAAAUAUUCCAGGGAGUGUAGUUUCAGUGCAGGGUACCGUAGCGCCGAACAAUUGCGUUGCAGUUGUGACACUCUGAAAAAACGUUUUCGUCAAUCUGCUUAAAAGGAUUGUUCACUUGAAGUUAAAAAUCUCAUCGUUUACUCACUCUUGGCUUGUCACAAACCUGUUCAAUUGGCUUUCUUCUAUUGAACACAAAAGAAGAUUGUUUGAAGAAGGCUGAAAACUUCCGUAGUUUUUCUGGAAGUCAGUGGUUCUUCAAUAUAUCGUCUUUUGUGUUGGACAGAAAAAGGAAACUCAUAAAGGUUUGGAACCACUUGAAGACUAAAUAGUGAGUAAAUUUUCAUUUUUGGGUGAACUAUUGCUUUUAAUGUGACACUAUUGGGUUACUUUGUAAAUGAAAUCUUAUCAUUCACUCGCCAUCACAUUGCUACAAAUUUGGAUGAAAUAAAGUAAAAUUUCCAUUGUGUGGACAGAAGUAGUUCAUAGAAGCAAGCAGGUUUGUAACAACAUGAUGGGAGCAAAUGACGACAAAAUUCAUUUAGAGUUAAAACGAUUCCUUUUACGUAAAACCCAAAUGAUCAUUUGUUUCAUUUUGUCUUUCUAAACUCGAAAUGAGUUGGGCAUCACUUCUUCAGAGACCAUUACGAGUUCAGCAGGAAUGAGAAAAGCAGAAAGUCUACUGCUACUCGGAUGUUCUAGAAGUUGCGUUUACGCCCUAUUGAAUGGAUCUCUCCAUCGCCCUGCUUUUACUCGAGCGUGUUUAAACACGACAUAUUCGACGCCUGUUUCCGGACGAGGCCCCAUAAACGAAGAGAACAAGAUUAUUUGAAGUCUGAAGUCUUCCUAUAGUGAUGACAUUCUUCACGUGUGACAUUUUGUUCUAGUCUCUUGAGACCGACUAUGAUAUACAGCUCCAAUUUUGGGUGCAACCUCUUAACGUGUAUUCUCUUGUGGGUUUUAUUUUGUGCUAUAGCCGUGGUGAUCUAGUUGAUUUCUCUUAUUAUGAUGACUUGUAGUCAGUCAUUUGAUGUUUUUUGCUCGUGAAUGAGCACACGCAGCCUUUUCAUGCAGUCGCCGAGAUGGGAACUCCAGCCGUGCCGACAAGCAGAGAUGACGUCAGUCUUUGCUAUUGAGGUUUAAACGUACUUAUUACACGAUGUCCAUCGCACUCGCUGAGAAAAAGCUCCAGGGUGUCGCCUUUCUUAACGCUAAAUUUAUUCCGAUGAUUGUUUGAUUUCUCAGUUUGCUUUUGACUUGUUACUAAAUUUUCAAGAUUGUUUCAAUUUGUGUGGUUUAAUUAUCGCUGUUGUAGCCCGAUAAUUAAAGCGAAACUCAUAACGACAUGUCCAGGCCACAUUUCAGCAAACAAUUUGAAGAAAAACUGUAUAUGAUCAUUAUUAUUUAUUUUUUGUAUUGUAACAUUUUCAUCCUCUCAAUUUUUCUUUAUUUGCGUCAUUACUUAAAUAGUAUUUUUUGUUCAUUUCGUAAACGACAAAACUUAACACAAAUAGAAACAUGACCAGUCAGCUGCGCCAGUUACAAGACUGAAUGUGCGCACUCCAGUACGCACAGCUAAUGAAUGAACAGCCCAAUGCAGUAAAUUAUUACCAAAUAAAUCAUGUUCGUUAGUUUUUAGUUCGUAUUUUGACUAAAUUUUAGUCUCGUCUUUUUUCCGUCACCAAUAAUGCAUUGUUUGUUGGUUAGAUGAGUUGAUCGUAGAGGGCGCAUUGUUAGUUUUCAGUCAUGUUACUAGCGCAGAAGGCCUGUGACGUUUCUGUGACUCGCGCUAUAGGCAACUAACAUUUUUGGCUUAUAUUUACGUUGACGGAAUUAACUUAUUUUUCAUCUAAGGUAUCGUAUUGUAGUAAUUUAAAGUCACAGCAAGUACUUGCAGCUUUUUUGUAUAUGACAGAUAUAUUAAAUGGAAUUGUACUUGAUUUUGAUGAACUUGUCAAUGCAAAAAAAAAAACAUAAAAACAACUAAAUAUAAAAUAAUUGUUAGCUAAACUCAUUUUUUAUGUGAAAUAUGCCCUGGUCAUGUUCUUGUCAGGUUUCCUCAAAUUGACCAAGAUGUUUGCGACACUACCCAUGAUUAUGUGCCACCUCAAAAUUUGAGGAUGCUACACUGGGAUUGAAGCGAAUCGGUUUUAUAUUCGGAAAAGGAUUGCCCGCUUCUUAAAAAACUGCACAGGACAAGUUUUAAUCCUGCAGCUUAUCUUGAUGUUUCUUUGAGACAGACAUACAAACAUGGCUAAAUAUAAAACACUGCUUUUAUGUGGAGCUGUUUCCAGAAGCUCCGCUAACACGCGUUGCUCACCAUUAGCAUUGAGUUUUUCUUCAGUUGUUAGGCGCGAAUGCUAGCAUGGUGUUCUGCUUUGCGAUGCAUAGCGAGCGCUUGACACGUGUGCUGAGAUAAUUUUUCCACUUUCGUUUGGCUUUCACAGAGUGCCCAAAGCUGUACUAUGUUAGCAUUCUCGAGUGACGCACUGCCAGGACGCUGCUUUUCUUUGAAUCUUUGGAUUGAAUGGGAACGUGCUGUCUUGUAUUUAAUAUUUGGCAGUUGCUGUUGGACGUUUUCUUCUUCUUCCCUCUAAUGAAUCAGUGAUCUCACUGAGCUAAUUACUUCUGCGUGGAUCUAUUUCUUUUGUUUGUUUGUUUGUUUUACAAAUUAACGUCGAGCAUCCACACCUAGCAACUUACAGGAAACGACUCGGUAAGGCUCAUUUACAGUUUUGUGCAUGAGGUUAUUUUUCCUCAAGUGAGAAAUUGCAGGAUAAUGUGAUUUUCUUUGAGAAUGGGUCUGUUCCUAAUGGAUGAUAUUCAUUUCUCUGCCUGGAUCGUGUCUGUUUUGAACGGACCUGUUAAAUGAAACGCAAAUUAACUCAUUUUGAACCUUGUAACACUGUUAUGGCUGUCUUUUGUUUCGUUUGUCGUUUUGUUUUAUUCCUAACUUUUUGGGAAAUGUACUGGCUUUUUUAUGAUUACUUCCAAGUUGUCUUGUAAAAUCUCUUAAAUUAAGGUACAGGCUCAAUUUCAACAAGGAAAGGUUUUAUAUAUAAAUAUAUAUUAUACUCCAUUAAGGAAUGUUUAGAACCAUCUUACUCCAAUGUGGAUGUAGCCAUUAUUACGCCAUUUUAUGACUUUGUAAAAGAAUUCACUGUGUGAAAAUUGGUUUGCAUUUUUGUAUAAUACAAUCUGCUUUUUUGUUUGUUUAAAAGGAGAGGGAGGUGAAACUGGAUGUUAGAGGACAGGAUUAAAAAAAAAAAAGAUUAUUUAACAGAAACCUGUGAUAUUCAGAAGAAAUGUAACUUACUACAAUGAUUCUAAAUGAGAGGGAUGGAAUAAACAAAUAUUGGUAACACUGCUAUAAA